CUUCGCAGACACGCUCGCACACCCACCCACCCCCCGCUCGUCCUCCCUCCGCCGCCGCCGCCGCCGCCCCCUUUCCCUUCCCUCCCCCUCCCCGCUCCCCCCACCCCCCCCCCGCUCGCGAUAAGAAGAGCCGGCGGCCGAGGAGAGGGGGAUGAAGAUGGCGGACGCGAAGCAGAAGCGGAACGAGCAGCUGAAGCGCUGGAUCGGCUCCGAGACGGACCUCGAGCCGCCGGUGGUGAAGCGGCAGAAGACCAAGGUGAAGUUCGACGACGGCGCCGUCUUCCUGGCCGCCUGCUCCAGCGGCGACACGGACGAGGUGCUCAAGCUGCUGCACCGCGGCGCCGACAUCAAUUACGCCAAUGUGGACGGACUCACCGCCCUGCACCAGGCUUGCAUUGAUGACAAUGUUGAUAUGGUGAAGUUUCUGGUAGAAAAUGGAGCAAAUAUCAAUCAACCUGACAAUGAAGGCUGGAUACCACUCCAUGCAGCCGCUUCCUGUGGAUAUCUUGAUAUUGCAGAGUUUUUGAUUGGUCAAGGAGCACAUGUAGGAGCUGUCAACAGUGAAGGAGACACACCUUUAGAUAUUGCAGAGGAGGAGGCAAUGGAAGAGCUGCUUCAAAAUGAGGUUAAUCGGCAAGGCGUCGACAUAGAAGCAGCUCGAAAGGAGGAGGAGCGGAUAAUGCUCCGAGACGCGAGGCAGUGGUUAAACAGCGGCCACAUCAGUGACGUCCGGCACGCCAAGUCCGGGGGAACCGCGCUGCACGUGGCGGCUGCCAAGGGCUACACCGAAGUUUUGAAACUUUUAAUACAGGCAGGCUAUGAUGUUAAUAUUAAAGAUUAUGAUGGCUGGACACCUCUUCAUGCUGCAGCUCAUUGGGGUAAAGAAGAAGCAUGUCGAAUUUUAGUGGACAAUCUGUGUGAUAUGGACAUGGUCAACAAAGUGGGCCAAACAGCUUUUGAUGUAGCAGAUGAAGACAUUUUAGGAUAUCUAGAAGAGUUGCAAAAAAAACAAAAUCUGCUCCAUAGUGAAAAACGGGAUAAGAAAUCUCCACUAAUUGAGUCAACAGCAAAUAUGGAAAAUAAUCAACCACAGAAGACUUUUAAAAACAAAGAAACACUGAUUAUUGAGCCAGAGAAAAAUGCAUCUCGCAUCGAGUCUCUGGAGCAAGAAAAGGUUGAUGAGGAGGAAGAAGGGAAGAAGGAUGAGUCAAGCUGCUCCAGCGAGGAAGACGAGGAGGACGACUCAGAGUCGGAAGGGGAGGCUGAUAAGACAAAACCAAUGGCUUCUGUAACUAAUGCUCACACUUCCAGCACACAAGCAGCUCCUGCAGCUGUUACAACACCUACUCUGUCUUCCAGUCAGGGGACCCCUACGUCACCUAUUAAAAAGUUUGAUUUCAUUGCUUCUCUCAUGCCUGUGGAGUCAGUAGACCCUGCAUCCUGGAGGCAGGGCUUGCGCAAAACUGGCAUUGUGCUGGUGCCCAGUAAGGGCGAAAAAUCCAUGUUUCCAACUUCAACUACAAAAAUUUCUCCCAAAGAAGAAGAAAGAAAGGAUGAGUCUCCUGCGUCGUGGAGGUUAGGACUUAGAAAGACAGGCAGUUACGGUGCACUGGCUGAAAUCACCGCAUCGAAAGAGGCCCAGAAGGAGAAAGACACUGCAGGUGUGAUACGGUCAGCUUCAAGUCCGAGGCUUUCCUCCUCUUUGGAUAAUAAAGAAAAGGAGAAAGAUAGUAAAGGAACAAGACUUGCAUAUGUCGCGCCUACCAUCCCGAGGAGACUAGCCAGUACAUCUGACAUUGAAGAGAAAGAGAACAGAGACUCUUCAAGUUUGCGAACAAGUAGUUCCUACACGAGAAGAAAAUGGGAAGAUGAUCUUAAAAAAAAUAGUUCAAUCAAUGAAGGAUCCACUUACCAUAGAAGUUGCUCCUUUGGUAGAAGACAAGAUGAUUUGAUUAGUUCUAGUGUUCCAAGCACCACGUCCACACCAACAGUUACCUCUGCAGCUGGGCUUCAGAGAAGCCUCCUUUCCAGCACAAGCACUACUGCAAAGCUUCCCCCGGGGUCUUCCUCCGCAGGCACACAGAGCAGUGCCUCAGAUCGUUUGUGGGCUGAGGAUAGUACUGAGAAAGAAAAGGACAGUGCUCCUACCGCAGUGACCAUUCCUGUCGCUCCAACUGUUGUAAAUGCUGCAGCUUCUACCCCAACCCUGACUACAACUACUGCUGGCACUGUUUCCUCCACAUCGGAGGUCAGGGAGAGACGCAGGUCAUACCUCACUCCUGUUAGGGACGAAGAGUCUGAAUCCCAAAGAAAAGCAAGAUCUAGACAAGCAAGACAGUCUAGAAGGUCAACACAGGGGGUAACCCUGACUGAUCUUCAGGAAGCUGAAAAAACAAUAGGAAGAAGUCGUUCCACACGAACCAGAGAACAAGAAAAUGAGGAGAAAGAAAAAGAGGAAAAAGAGAAACAGGAUAAGGAGAAACAAGAAGAAAAGAAGGAGUCCGAAGCUUCUAGAGAAGAUGACUAUAAACAGAAGUACUCGAGAACGUACGAUGAGCCUUACACACGUUACCGACCAGUAUCGACCUCCAGUUCAACCACUCCAUCAUCUUCUUCUCUUUCUACUACUGUAAGCAGUUCACUCUAUGCAUCAAGUCAACUCAACAGGCCAAACAGUCUUGUAGGUAUAACUUCUGCCUACUCCCGAGGAUUAACGAAAGAAAGUGAAAGAGAGGGAGAGAAAAAAGAAGAGGAAAAAGAAGGUGAAGAUAAAUCACAGGCUAAAUCAAUCAGAGAGCGACGGCGGCCUAGAGAGAAAAGACGGUCUACUGGAGUUUCCUUUUGGACACAACAAGAUAGUGAAGAAAACGAGCAAGAACGGCUGUCGGAUACAGAAGAUGGUUCCAAUAAGAAGGAAACCCAGACGGAUUCUGUUUCUAGGUAUGACAGCAGUUCCACGUCAUCAAGUGAUCGAUAUGACUCCUUGCUGGGUCGCUCUAGUUCAUACAGUUACUUAGAAGAAAGAAAACCUUAUAGUAGCAGGCUAGAGAAGGAGGACUCAACUGACUUCAAAAAGCUUUAUGAACAAAUUUUAGCUGAAAAUGAAAAGUUAAAGGCACAGCUACAUGAUACAAAUAUGGAACUAACGGAUCUAAAGUUGCAGUUGGAAAAGGCUACCCAGAGACAAGAAAGGUUUGCUGAUAGGUCACUAUUGGAGAUGGAAAAAAGGGAACGAAGAGCUCUAGAAAGAAGAAUAUCUGAAAUGGAAGAAGAGCUCAAAAUGUUACCAGACUUGAAAGCAGACAACCAGAGGCUAAAGGAUGAGAACGGGGCCUUGAUCAGAGUCAUAAGCAAACUUUCCAAGUAGGACAGAGAAGCCAGCAGAGCAGCAGGACUGGCACAGACUCCCCAGUGGACCAUGGUGGCAGUCACUGGACGCCGGAAGGAACCUCCGGAGACUGUCCUUCUCCCAUCGCCUGCCAAAUGCCCUCUUAUCUAGGAGUUUGGGUUCGUUUAAUUCUCUGCCCCCACCCCUUGGUUAUCAAGACCAUUGUUUCAUGUUAAAGCAGCUGCUGAGAAGAUUCUUUUUUUCAAUGACUGAGAAAACUUGUUUACAGCUCCAGCAAAUAAAGAAAGUGUUCAAGGCCAUAUAUGCCUCAGAUAUUUAACCAGUAAGCCUUAGUUGUACAUAAAUACUUUUGUGUCAACAAAAACUUCAGCUCUCACAGAAGACAGUUAUUCAACAUUUGUUUUGAUGUGCCACAGUUUCUAGGUUCUCCAUAUUUAAAGUUUUUGCUUUACAUCUGAGUUUGGGUUUGUAUCUUUUCCUUCUAGCUCUUCAUGUGGCAGAGUCUCUCUGUGUUCCCACCCUUCUCAUUGACAGAAAAGAAACUGCUCUUCUGAGCUUCUCGUCACGCGUUAGACUAAUGUGCUGUCUCCCACCUGGAACUGAAGUGCUCGGUGGGACGUUUGCUGUCACUGUUUGUGCAAUAUGCAUUUAUUUCUUACAUGAAUGCUUUCAAGUCCAUUGAGAGUUGAUCUUUUAAGUCCUAUCUUCUGCCUUCAUUGGUCACUUUUUGUUUUGUUCUUUAUUGUAGUAUAAGAUGUUAGAUUCUGUAAUCUUCACAUUCAUUUUAGCAGGUACUGAGUGAUGCUGUAUAUAUAAAUAAGUGUAUUGUUUUGAUUUUUAGACCACCACAUGGCAUGCUUGACUAUUUCCUUAAUUCAAAUGUCUGCUAAUGCAAAGUAGGCUACUCCAUACUGGUGUUGAAAACAGAACUUUUGCUAACAGUGAGAUAUCAGGACCUUAGCAGUGACGCGGUUUAUGGAGCCCUAGCUUUACAAGAUUUUCUACUGUAAAGUGCUUUUCCUUUCAUUUUCAUUUGGUAGUAGUCAAACAUACUAAAGUUGCAUAAGAGAAUUGCUUCACACUUCACAUGCCUAUAUUUAUCUGAGUGCUGUCUACAACUGUUGUGCUAGCCAAAGUAGUGCUGUGAAAUCAUCUGCAGACUUAAUCUGUGACUAAUGUUAAGUGCACUGUUAUCGCCAUGUGAAGAGGCAUCAGCUUUGAUACCAUCAUCAUGUUCAGACCAUUUUUAUACAUUUCAGUGGCCUUUUUUAAAGGAAAAAAAAAAUAAGCAAAACCAAGUCCAUGAUGAAAAUGGCUUUUAUUUGGACAAAUAACUUUUAUAUUUUCAUUAAACCAUGCAAAAAAUAUAUAUUACAUCUUCCUGGCACAUAACUGUCUCCUUAACCACUGAACAGUUCAGCCAUUUGAAUAAAUUGUACAUUGUAAAGCUUAUGGUAGCUGACUGUAUUAUUGAGUGUAUUGUAUACUACAUUAAAUGUGAAUUUGUACCCCUUCAUUUUAAAAGGUCAUUGUGUUCUACUGCCUAUUUUAGAUGACUUUGGGGUUGGGGAAGGGUGUUUUGGUAAGUAGACUUGUAAGUUCUCUCUCUUGAUUGGUUUUAUGAAGAUAUAAGGUUAUACUCUUACUACCAAGCUCAGGAUUCUUGAUUUUAAAGGUACAAGGAUAGGUGUGAGGAUUUUAUUUUUGGUUAUAUUUGAACUGUAUGAAUGGUGGGUCUGAAUACAGAGUAUUUCCUGGUCUAUUGAGGAGGUAAAAUACACAGAUAAUUGAUCAGUUUGAGUGACUGCAACGUGAUCUGGGUGCACAACAGUUAGGCAUGCUGUGGUUUAUAUUUGUGAAGUUUGGAUGCCUGUGAGGAAUGAUGAAAUACAUGUUUCUAAUAUUUUAGUGUUUUGUAUUUAGGUUAUUUAUUCUUUGUAUCUAAAAUUGAACAGCUACUGUGCUAUAUUGACUUUAUUGGUAGUAUUGAGCAGACCUUGUUUCUGCAUGAAACUAGUUGCAAAACCCACUAUUUUGGAAAUAAAAAUGUAUUUUGACAUAUACAAAUAAAAUGAAUAAAACUAUUUUAAAUGUGUGAACUUUUAAUGAAAACAGUUUAAAUUUUGUUCUGAGAUAUUUAAAUUCUGCAUGGGUAUUUUUUCACUAAUUGCUUUACUUGGAUACCAGUUUGAAUAAUUUUUGAAAUUGUAAUAUUGUGAUAAUUUGCACAGCAAUGUACAUGCUCAUCUGUAAAUGCGAUCUUAAUUGCCAUAUUUAUGCAAUCUGUGUACCAAUUUGAACAAAUGUUUAUGUAUUUUACAUAAAGCUAUCUAUAUGCAGAA